GCAUGUCCCCAGAUGGCCGCACGUGUUUGUGCAACCACAGCGCAUGCACACGCAAGCAGCGCUACAGAAAUGGCGGCCGACGGUGGCAGUUUUUCGGUGCAGCUACCCUGCGUUUUUUCACCCAAAUCACGACAGUACUUAUCCGUGUGCGCCCAGGAUGGCAGACUUCGCAUCUGGAACACAGACAGUAAAACACUUCAGCAAGAAUACGUGCCUUCAGCUCAUUUGAGUGCCACUUGUACUUGCAUAGCCUGGGGACCAUGCCGGACAGUCAAGGAGGGACCUCGGAGGAAGAAGAGGAAAUCGGAGGCAGUCCAGGUGGAGGAGAAGGCAGACCUGUUGGCGAUGGGCACAGCAGCUGGCACUGUGCUCAUUUACAGUACAGCUAAAGGAGAUCUGCACUGUACCCUGGAUGGAGGUCACAGUGGAGCAGUGAACUGCGUCGACUGGCAUCCUGAAGACAGCUUAUUAUACAGCGGCUCAGAUGACACGAGCAUUGUCGAGUGGGACCUGCAGACAGGCAAGACACGGAGUAAGUGGAAGGCGGACCGUGCAGCUGUGACCAGUUUGUGUGUGAGUCCUGAUGGGAAGCUGCUGCUAUCAGCUGGGCAGAUAAUCAAGAUGUGGGACUUGGACACAAAGGAAGUCUACAGGAAAUUCACAGGGCACUCCACGGCUGUGACGACCCUGUGCUUUGCCACAACACGACCUCCUGACAGCAACGGCCUUUAUUUCCUCUCAGGUGCAGCGCAUGACCGACUGCUGAGUGUAUGGCAAGUUCGAGAAGAUGGGAAGGACAAGAACUCUGUGGUUUCCUUCACACUGUCUGAUGAACCACGGCACAUCGACCUCGUGGCAUCUAAUAGCAAGGAAGAGGCGGUGAGACUGGUGGUGGUGUGUAAGGAUGGACAGCUGCAUCUGUUUGAGCACUUUUUAAAUGGGCCAUGUAAGAAGCCCUUAUCGCCCUCGUGUACGGUGCAGAUGUCUGAUACGAAGGAGUCCCCGAUGCCGAUCCCACUGCUGGCGGCUGCACUCGGACCCGAUCCUCAGUCGGUUCUUCUUGCCUACGGUAACCACCUACAGCCUGUAAUGGAGAGAGUGGAGGUCAACACAGCAGAGAGACACAUAUGCUUGACCCGUGAUGUUCAUACCAGCUUGUCCCUCACCAUGGAAACCACCGUUUCCAAGGUUAAAACUCCACUUGUCAAUGCUAAGAGCAGAGUGUUGGUUCCAGGGCUUCCUGGUCAUCAAGCCCCAAUAAAGGGACCUCCGCAGGGAUCAGAGAAGAGGAAAAAAGACUCGGACACCAAAGAGAUAUCAAUAGCGGAGCGACUUGGUGAAAUAGAUCUGUCGGUGGUCUCCAGCGAGAAGGGAGCUCAGAAAGUAACGGCCUCGUUACAGACGGAUAAUUUUGCGGUGUUGUUGGUGCAGGGCCUGGAGAGCAACGAUGCUAGUUUGUUAAACAAAAUUUUCCAGAAUCGUAAAGAGACGGUAAUAAAAAAGACGAUUGCUCGGUUACCCCUCCCAGCUGUUAUUCCAUUAGUGGAAGAGAUAACAAAAAGACUCCAAGGGCAUCCUUACACGGCCAUUCUGAUGGUACGGUGGCUCAAAGCAAUUCUUGUUCACCACACAUCAUACCUGACAUCGCUGCCAGACCUGGUUACCCAGCUGGGAGUCCUUUAUCACAUGAUUGAGAGCAGAGUGAAGAUGUUCCACAAACUGACAAAGCUGCAAGGGAAGCUGCAUCUGCUAAUGACACAGGUGGCGACAAAUGACAGCAGCAACUCGAUCUCAGAACUUGACCACACAGCCAAGCUGGUGUAUGAAGAGGAGUCAUCUGAUGAAGAUGAGGCAUCUGGUGAUGAAGGUCUCCCUGAAGAGGACUCUGAUCAUUGGGAGGAGGAGGAGGAGAUGGAGGAAGAUGGAGAGGGGAAUGCAGAUGAGGACAAAUCAGAUGAGGAAGAUGGGGAUCCUGACAGCAGAACAGAACCCAAAGCAAACGGAGAGGAGGACAUGGAGCAUGAAAACGAGAGCGAAGAAGAAUGAGAACAAAAUGUCAAUUAUACAUAAAAUGGACUUGAAAGAGUUAUAUAUACUUUCAUUUUAUUUUCAUGCUGUUGAUUUUAUUAUCAGAAAAAGGUUUUACAGAAUCAAAGGACAUGUUGAAAUGAGGCCAGAUGGCGCCCCCUGCCUCGCCACAACUAUGCAACCACAAGGUUGCCAAUGCCAAGCUCACCAUCUUCUCAUCGUCACAGCAACAUUCUGCAAAACUGAAAUCAAUGCAAUCCUUCCCUUUUCUAUGCCAACCUGCAUCCCAGCUCUGCAUCCUUAUCAGUUUGCUUUGUAAACUAAAACAAUUAUUUUUAUCCUCUUCAGUUCCCCAACAUUUUACUUCUGCAUUCCAAAUUUUAUAUCACAAUGUGAUCAAAUAGUAUUAGAGCAUAUUCCAUGUUCAGCUUAACAGUAGUUCUUAACAGCACGCUGUGAUUGGUUUAUUUUAAUUCAACUCUGUGGGCCAUCUGGAACACGCUGCAGAGCGCCGGAGUAGAGUUGGGAUGCAAGCCUCAUCCUCGACUGUUGUACGGAAAACCGGAGGCGGACUGCAGGGAAAGCCCAUACAUCAUGUUCCUACACAAUGUAAAUCUGUAUGUACAGUGAAGUGUUUGUAUGAGCUCUUCCUCUACAGCUUUUCCCCAGGAAUCCUUGGGAUUAAAUGAAAUCCUGUUAAGUC